AGUGAGAUGAUGAGAUUGAAAUCGGAAACCGUUAGGCCACACCCAGCUGCAUCCCUCCCAAGUUUUGCUUCCCCAGACAGCUCGAAUCGCGUAAUCAUACAUCUAUGGCGCUGCGUGUAGCUUGAAUUGCACCCUAUUAUACACACAGAAGCAAAGAAUCGUAUAAUAUUAGCGAGAGAGAGAGAGAGAGUAGCGGAAGAAUAUGGGCGAUGAUGCAGAGAAGAGGUUUAAUGCGGUUAUGGACAAACUCUUCCGGGCUCCUCCCAUAUCCAAACCCGUCCCAAGCAGUUCAUCAGGAGGUACGCUAUCAAGAGGCAGGAAGCGGCCGAAUUCCUCCCACGAAUUAGUGGUGGCUGAGCCGAGAUCGAUAUCUGCUGAAAGAUUAAGCAAUUUGAGGGGCUCCGGUGGAGCAGCCCAUAGUUCUCCUUGCAGACCAUGGGACAGAGGUGAUUUCUAUAGGAGGCUGGCCACUUUCAAAUCUAUGUCGUGGUUUGGAAAACCACAGGUGAUAAGUGCAUUAAACUGUGCUAGAAGGGGCUGGAUAAACAUAGAUAUGGAUACCAUUGCAUGUGAAGCAUGUGGAGUGCGCCUUUUGUUUUCGUGUUCAUCAUCUUGGAGCCGACAACAAGUUGAUAAAGCAGCAUCAGUAUUCAGCUUGAAACUGGACAGUGGGCACAAGCUGCUUUGCCCAUGGGUUGACAAUGCAUGUGAUGAAAAGCUAGCAGCUUUCCCGCAGAUGGCUUCUACUCUUUUAGUUGAUGAAUAUAUAUCCCGUUUUUCUGCUAUAGAGCAGCUUGUAGCUCUACCUGUGAUUUCUUUGUCUGUAGUUAAUUACUUGAGAAGCGACCAGUUAGAAGAUUUUCUCAAAGAAUCUACUGCUGAGAAGUCUGACAGCUCCUCUGAGAGACUUAGAACAGAUGGCCUCAGAAAAGAACCAAAAUCAGAUUCGUGUCUCACAUAUUACCAGACACAAAAGCUCAUAAGUUUAUGUGGAUGGGAACCCCAUAGUUUGCCAUACUUUGUCAAUUCGAAGGACCAAUCAGAUCAAUCUGCUAAGGAUAAUCAGCAUGGAUACUUAUCUCAGUUUAGCAGACGAACUCAUAGUGUUACCAUUUUUUCUUCUAAUGAGAAUAAUGAGGCAAGUGAUGGUAUUCAAACCUCUGAUGGAGCAAUAUCUGAUCCGAAUUCUGUUGUUUUGGAGUGUAAGAUUUGUGGGGCUCGUGUUGGACUGUGGGCAUUUUCUAUGGUUCCACGCCCUCUUGAAUUUUUAAGGUUGAGUGGAUAUACAGAUAUUAACAGUGAACGUUUAGCUGAUGAUAAUGCGGUUGGCACUCCUGCAAACCUUCUCUUAACUAGUGGAACUCAUGAUAAAAGUAAAGAGUGCAGAUCAAAUAUUUCUCUUGCUCCUUCUACAACAUCAAAUGUAACUAUUGCAGGUGGUCCCCUUCCGGCCAUGCAAAAUUAUAUGGCCAAAGUAUCUCUUCCCAUUGUUGGAUAUAAUUUAAAAGCCCGAUUUUCAAAUGAUUUUGAUAUAAGGGAUGUCUCAACUACUGAGAACUCACUUUUGGUAGGCAAGGAAAAGAGCAUUUCUCCGGAUGAAAAGAUUAAUGCCGGACAAGGAAUUUCUAAUACCAGUGCUUCAGACCAAACUACAGAAGAACAUUCACCAGAUAUCCAGAUGGUAGGUCAGGCUUCAUGUGAGACCAACAAACUAUCAGAUCAUGCAGAUGAUGCUGAGAAAGUUGAUCCACUGGUUGAAGAUCAUUCUACAUCCCAAACUGGAGGUGAUCUUGGAUCAUGUGGAGAAGUUGGUGACACAUCUCAUCAAGGGAAUACUGAGCAUGAUGGUCUAGAAGUAGUAACUUGCAAUUCCAAACACGCCAUCGAGCAAGGUGACAUAAGGAAUGAUGGAGUAGAUCUGAUGGUUCAGAACCAUAAUAUUGUGCCCACAAUGGAAAAAACUUUACAAGAAAGUCUACCAGGGAGAGCAUCAGAAUUCGACCCGAUAAGGCUACACAAGCUUUACUGCCCCUGGAUCACAUCUAAUGGUGGUUCUGCGCCUGGAUGGCAGCAGACGUUAUCUUCUUUAGAACACCGACAUGAGUUUUCUCAUCCUUUGACGACAGAUGCCCUUUCCUCAUCCCUUGUUGAGAUUGAUGAUCCCAUUGCUAUUGUGAAAAGACUUUUUACGCCUACACCUACAAAAAGAAAGAAGCUUAUCCAUAGUAGUUAAAGUCGGUGCAGUAUGCUAUGCCUUCAAACCAAAUGGAUUGGACACAAGUACAUUACAGUUUACAGGCCUGCUUGGUAAGAGUUACUCGGCUUAACAAUUCAAUUUCAUCGGAAAAAAAAUAAGUUAACGGCUACUUAUUUUUUUCCGCAAAACAUCACAAGUCACCUUUGGGUAUUUAACAUGAGCACAUACAUUUCAUAAUAGAGACCAAUACUAUUUAUUGUAAGCGCCUUACAAAUACUAGAGGGGUUUAGUGCUUGAGAUGUCUGUUAACAUUAUCAAAUCAAGAGGGGUUUUGUGCAAUGGGAUCUUUUUUUUUGACAGCAUUUUUUUAACAUUGUAAAAUGCCAUAUGGUGUAUGUAUUUUGAAAUAUGAAUACAUUACAUGUUUGUCG